AUCCAGUGUCUUGUCCUCUCGCAUGGUUCACACUACGGUACGUAGGUCCUAGUAGUUGCAGGCGGUUGCCAUAGGGAGUUGGUUCUGGCGUUCAGAAUCACUGCUGAGGCUAUUUGGAGGCUAUUCGUGGUGGCGCUGCGUAGUGCUGACGGCAGGCUGGACCAUGUGGAGGCGCUUCUUGCAGCGCCGGUGGCCGGGCUACCCCUCCUACCGGGCCUCCGUCAUUCUCUUUGACGAGCUGGCGGCCUACGAGCGACCGCGCUCCCUGACGCCUUUGCUUCUCCUCAACGUUGUUGGCUUCUACAGCGGUGUCGUGGCAGCAGCGCUUACAGAGCAGCUCUACAAGGAGCGCUACUGGGAGGAGCACCCCGGGCAGGCGGUGCCCACCAUGCGCAGCUGGACCUACCUGGGGCCCCACAAGGUCCGCCGCGAGGACUUCGCUGAGGAAGAGGGCCGCGAAUAGACCAGAGAAGCCCCACCCUCUGAUGUCCAGCUGGAAAGACCCCUUUCUGCUGCCCUCCGGUUGCGUGCCCGAUGGCGGGUGCGCUGCGGCCGCGCUACAUGAUGGUGGUGCUGUGCUUUGCUGCCACCCUGGUGGCGUACCUGGAGCGCGUGGCGUUCUCGGUGGCCUUCACUGCGGCCGCCAUUGAGCAGCACCUGGACCAGGCCACCAAGGGCGGCGUGCUCUCCGCCUUCUACUACGGCUACGCCCUCUCCCAGAUCCCGGGGGGCUGGGCGGCCGCGCAGUACGGCGGCCGCCGCGUCCUGCUCUGCUCCUUUGCGCUCUGGGCGGUGUGCUCCGCGCUCACGCC